AUGCGGACAGUCUGGAUUACAGAGGCCAACCGCAGCAGUGCGAGGAGCUGUGAGGCCGUGCCUCUAGGCACAGGCGGGUUUCCGGCCAUAGAGAUCUUUGCAGUGACCACAAACUCCACCAAGCGACGGCGGCAGGCUGUUCCGCAGCACAUAGACAAGCCCCGGGAAGGUGAGGAGUGUGUGCUGUCUGUGGCGCCGAAGCAGGAGCAGCACCCAGGGCAGCAGCAGCAGCAGCAGCAGCAGCAGCAGCAGCAGCAGCAGCAGCAGCAGCAGCAGCAGCAGCAGCAGCAGCAGCAGCAGCAGCAGCAGCCCCCGUUGCUGCCGCCGCCGCCGCCGCCGCCGCAGCAGCAGCAGCAGCAGCAGCAGGCGCGGAAGCAGAGGAAGCACCAGCAGCAGGAGCAGCAGCAUGUGCCAAAGCCGUCAAAACCGCAGCCUGUUGCGCCCCGGCCUCAGCCGCACGCUGCAACGGUGCUGCGACUGUCGUCUGAGAUUCUGCACUGGUUCGUGGCGCAUGUGGAUGCGGAUCUGGCAUGCGACAAUGCCAUCGCCUGCAUCGGGUCCCCAGCGGCGCAGCAGCCGCAGCCUGCCUGGAUGGCAGACGCGUGGCGCCUGCCGCUCCUGCCCAGCCGCAUUGAGCUGCCUGUGCCGGCGGCCAUCGGGCGCGUGCUACUGCAGAUCCUGGAGGCCGACUGGACCAGCACCUCUAUCCGCGGGGUGUGCUUGGGCGGCCAGGCUGAGGCAGAUGAGGACGCGUCGGACCCGGAGCUGAUGGCUGAGGAGGCUGGCGCCGCCGGCGACACGGACGAGGCCGCACCCAAGUACGAGCACGAAGCCACGCCUGAGCCGCGCCCCAGGCCGCGGGCGGCGCUCGCAUUGGCAGCGGCCCUGCUGCUGGUGGCACUGGUGCUCUGCUCAUCUGCCCUAGUACCUGCGUCCGCGUCGGCGCUGCGCGGCCCCGCCCGGGCCGUGCUUGAGGAGGCAGGCGCCGUGCAGCUUCAUGCCCUUCGGGACCCAGCCCCGCCUGGUGCCGCGGGUGCCCCUGGCCACGGCGCACAGUUGCUGGCCGCGCAGGUCGUCUUCCGCCACGGCGCGCGCACGCCCCUGAACGCCGCCUUUUACCCUGACGUCGACUGGGAGUGCGACGAGUCUUACGCGGGCGCCACCCUUGACAUUCAGAACAGCGCCGGCGGGCCGCCCCCGCCCGUGGUCGACCCCGCCCCUCCGCCCCUGAAGGGCGGCUGCCGGCAGGGCACGCUGACACAGCGCGGCUACGGCAUGGCGCUCAAGCUGGGGGCGGAGCUGAGGCGGCGGUACGUGGAGGAGCUGGGGCUGCUGCCGGGAAGCUACCGGUCGGGCAGCGUGUAUGCGCACACAACCUCCUACAGGCGGACGAUUGCGACGCUGAGGGUGGGUGCGGCUUAA